UCCAUCUCUCUUGAGGCGGUGCGGACACAACCUGUGCAGCAAUGGGAGGAGAAGUACAAGAGAAAAAGGAAAUUCCCCCUCUGCAACAGCUCCGAGAAUGUCUGCUGGACCGUGGUCAGCCGAUCGCCAAGCGGACACACUCAGCGUUUUUCUUGCGGACCUUGGGUAGUGCUGAGGCCGUCAGCGCCGUUGGGGAAGCUCUCUUGGUGGAGGAAGACUCGGCCCUGCUCCGUCACGAGCUCGCCUACAUCCUUGGCCAAAUGCAGGACGAAGCGGCGUGCGAAACGCUCGAGAAGGUGCUCGGAAACACGUCCGACGACUGCAUGGUCAGGCACGAGGCUGCGGAAGCGCUUGGCGCAAUCGGGGCGGACAGCUCCGUACCGGCGCUGGAGCGAUUUGCUUCGGACCCGGCGCCAGAGGUGUCCCAGACGUGCCAGCUGGCGUUGGACCUGAUAGCCUGGCGGCGCAAGCAAGGGACCAGUCCUUAUGCAACCGCGACAGGAGGCGGGGGCAAGGCAGAUAGGGGGCUAGACGCGAACCCAUACCUAUCCGUGGACCCCGCGCCCAGCUGCGGCGAGGGUAGCGGAGGAGAAGGGGUUGGGGAGGGGACGGAGGAGAUGGGGAAGAGGGUCCGCGACGGAGACAGGACUCUCUUUGAGAGAUACAGGGCGAUGUUCUCUCUCCGAAAUAGAGGGGGAGAAGCCGCGGCGCUGGAGCUAGCUGCGGCUUUUCGUGGCGAGGAUAAUGCUCUCUUCAAGCACGAGGUGGCGUACGUCCUCGGGCAGAUGCAGCACCCUGCGACCGUGCCGGCUCUCGGGACCGUUCUCGCAGACCUGGCAGAACACCAGAUGGUACGGCACGAGGCGGCGGAAGCUCUCGGAGCGAUAGGGGGUAACGAGGCGGAAGGGCUGCUCAGAACCUUCAUGGCGGACGACGUAGUGGCGGUCAAGGAGAGCUGCGAGGUCGCGCUGGAUACGAUCGACUACUGGUCCAACCGAGGUUGA